AUAUACCUCAACAUAUAGUCAGACCAUUGUUUGCGUUGGACCAUAUUCCGAAGCAACAAGAAAGCGACGACCAUGGAGGUGUGCACGGCGAGCACGACCGACAGCUUCGCCAGCCGCGCGCUCCACCUCCACCGUUUCAUCAGACGCCGUCUCGUCGCUGGCAUCCUCGGCCGCCGCGGCGAGGCAGCCACCCCGGCUGCAGCCGCGCCGCUGCCUCGAGCCCGCCGGAUCGGUGAGGACGGCCUCGGCGUCGACGCGCUGCUCCUGAAACCGUCGUCGCCGUCCGCCCUGUUCUCGCCGUACUUCCUCGUCGCCGUCGAGGCGGGUGGCUACGCCCGGGGCCUCGCCCUGCUCGCGCUCUACCCGGCCCUGCGCGCGCUCCCCCACGGCGCGCGCGUGAGGGCCAUGGCCAUGGUCGCCUUCUGCGGGUUGCGCCGCGACGAGGCGGCCAGGAUCGGGAGGGCCGUGCUGCCCAGGCACUUCUUCCGGGCGGCGGCGGACGUGCCCGCGCUGGAGGCCGUUGGCGCGCUGCCCGAGGGCGUCAAGGUGGCCGCCGUGACCCGGUCGUUCCCGGCGGUCAUGGUGGACGCGUUCCUGACGGAGUACGUCGGGUUCGACGUGGUGGUCGGCGCGGAGGUGAAGGGAGGGGCCCGCUACGUCACCGGCGUCAUGGAGGGAGGCGAGCUGGACACGGAGAGACUCGGGCUUGCCCUGAAGCGAACCGAGAAGAAGAAGAAGAAGGACUACCCGAGGCCCAUGGUGUUCCACGACGGCCGGCUGGCGUUCACGCCGACGCCGGCGGCCGUGCUCGCCAUGUACAUCUACCUCCCCUUCGCCGUCGCCCUCGCCGUCGUCCGCAUCGCCAUCUACGUGCUCCUCCCGUGGCGCCUGUCGAGCGUCGUCGCCGGGCUCACCGGGGUCAGGGUGCGCGUCAUCGGACCCACCCCCACUCCCGCGGCGGCGGAGGACGGCGCCGCCGCCGCCGAACCCCGCGGCGGGCGGCUCUACGCCUGCAACCACCGCACGCUUCUGGACCCCGUCGGCAUCGCCUGCGCUCUCCGGCGGCCCGUCGCCGCCGUGACGUACAGCCUGAGCCGCCUGUCGGAGGUGCUCUCCCCGAUCCCGCUGCGGCGCCUGACCCGCAGCCGCGACGAGGACCGGCGCCGGAUGUCGUCGAUGCUGGCGCGGGGCGACGUGGUCGUGUGCCCCGAGGGCACGACGUGCCGGGAGCCGUACCUGCUCCGGUUCAGCCCGCUGUUCGCCGAGCUCGCCGCCGAGGUGACGCCCGUGGCGGUGGACGCGCGCACGGCCGUGUUCUACGCCACGUCCCCGUCGCCCGUGGCCAAGAGCUUCGACUCGGUCCACUUCCUGAUGAACCCCCGGCCGGAGUACAUCGUGCAGUUUCUGGAGGCGGUGAACACGGAGAGCGGCAAGAGCAGCAUCGAGGUGGCGAACGAGGUGCAGCGUGCGCUCGCCUCCGCGCUCGGGUUCGAGGGGACGGCCCUGACGAGGAAGGACAAGUACCUGCUGCUCGCCGGGAACGAAGGGGUCGUCAAGACCAAGUGAAGAAAUAGCCACUAGCCACUGAAAAUACUAACUAAUACCGCGGAUCCGUUCUAAAAUCUAUGGCAGUUAGGACAAGCAGCUAAUUAUUCAAUCAGUGGCGGAGCUUGAUCUUCAAUUUUAGAAAAAUGAGGGGGGGCCAUCCUUUUGCUACAGUAAUGAACAGGGUCAAAAUCACUGUUCAUUACGUGUGAAAUUUGC